CUCUUUCUCCCCGCGCCCGCUUGUCCUCCGACCCCUCCUCCCGCUGCUCCUCUUCCGCCUCCUUCCCCUGCCCGCGCCCGCCCUACUGCCAGUGCCGAGUUUCCUGUUUAAGAUGGCGUCCCCCGUAGCAGCGCAGGCCGGGAAGCUUCUGCGAGCCCUAGCGCUGCGGCCCCGCUUCCUGGCGGCCGAGUCCCAGGCAGUUCAAUUAACCUCCAGAAGAUGGCUGAACCUGCAGGAAUACCAGAGCAAGAAACUGAUGUCUGACAAUGGAGUGAGAGUUCAAAGAUUCUUUGUAGCAGACACUGCGAAUGAAGCUCUAGAAGCUGCUAAGAGACUAAAUGCAAAAGAAAUUGUUUUAAAAGCCCAGAUCUUAGCUGGAGGAAGAGGAAAAGGUGUCUUCAAUAGUGGUUUGAAAGGAGGUGUUCAUUUAACAAAAGACCCUAAUGUUGUGGGACAGCUGGCUAAACAGAUGAUUGGGUACAAUCUAGCGACAAAACAAACUCCAAAAGAAGGUGUGAAAGUUAACAAGGUGAUGGUUGCUGAAGCCUUGGACAUUUCCAGAGAAACCUACCUGGCAAUUCUGAUGGACCGGUCCUGCAAUGGCCCUGUGCUGGUGGGCAGCCCCCAGGGGGGCGUCGACAUUGAAGAGGUGGCUGCUUCAAACCCAGAGCUCAUUUUUAAGGAGCAAAUUGACAUUUUUGAAGGAAUAAAGGACAGCCAAGCUCAGAGGAUGGCAGAAAAUCUAGGCUUCGUUGGGCCUUUGAAAAGCCAGGCUGCAGAUCAAAUUACGAAGCUGUAUAAUCUCUUCCUGAAAAUUGAUGCUACUCAGGUGGAAGUGAAUCCCUUUGGUGAAACUCCAGAAGGACAAGUUGUCUGUUUUGAUGCCAAGAUAAACUUUGAUGACAACGCAGAAUUCCGACAAAAAGACAUAUUUGCUAUGGACGACAAAUCAGAGAAUGAGCCCAUUGAAAAUGAAGCUGCCAAAUAUGAUCUAAAAUACAUAGGACUAGAUGGGAACAUUGCCUGCUUUGUGAAUGGUGCUGGGCUCGCCAUGGCUACUUGUGAUAUCAUUUUCCUUAAUGGUGGGAAGCCAGCCAACUUCUUGGAUCUUGGAGGUGGUGUAAAGGAAGCUCAAGUAUAUCAAGCAUUCAAAUUGCUCACAGCUGAUCCUAAGGUUGAAGCCAUCCUUGUCAAUAUAUUUGGUGGUAUCGUCAACUGUGCCAUCAUUGCCAAUGGGAUCACCAAAGCCUGCCGGGAGCUAGAACUCAAGGUGCCCCUGGUGGUCCGGCUUGAAGGUACUUUUAUGGAAAAAGGAAGUUAUAUGCACAUAAAGCAAGAAACAGGAAAUUCAAAUGGGAUUAUAACUGGUAUCCAAGAGAACGUCACCCACCAAAAUCUGAGAUUAAGAAACCCACUCAAAACCGCUCAACUACAUGGAAACUGAACAACAUGCUCCUGAAUGACCACUGGGUACAUAACAAAAUGAAGGCAGAAAUAAAGAUGUUCUUUGAAGCCGACAAGAACAAAGACACAACAUGCCAGAAUCUCUGGGACACAUUCGAAGCAGUGUGUAGGGGGAAAUUUAUAGCACUAAAUGCCCACAAGAGAAAGCAGGAAAGAUCCAAAAUUGACACCCUAACAUCACAAUUAAAAGAACUAGAAAAGCAAGAGCAAACACAUUCAAAAGCUAGCAGAAGGCAAGAAAUAACUAAAAUCAGAGUAGAACUGAAGGAAAUAGAGACACAAAAAACCCUUCAGAAAAUUAAUGAAUGCAGGAGCUGGUUUUUUGAAAAGAUCAACAAAAUUGAUAGACCGCUAGCAAGACUAAUAAAGGGAAAGCGUCUUUUGUAUUUGGCAAGGAGCAAGAGACAGUUUCUCUGUUGUCUGACAGGGACUUCCCUCUCACCUUGGCUCCGCUGAGAUUAGAGUGGGCCAUAUUGCUGCCCAAUUUUUAUCAACAUUGAAAUAGUCACUUUUAGAAACAUGAGAUUCCCUGGAAACUUUUCUUAGGCCCCAAGGCCUUUUCACCCAAAAGACUUAGAGGCAGAGGAUACGGUUUGGGGGUCAGGCAAUGAAAAGGUUGUCGAUCCGGUUCUCCUCGCCUGGGUAAACCUAAAUAACUGAUGGUAAUGGAUAACAUCACCAGCCCUUGUUACUGGAGUUGAUCAAAUUCAGCUGCUGGCUAAGGUUGCGUAUCCUGGGGCUGGUUUUCAAAAGAGUCUCUUCUUUUUCCUGUUUUGUUACCCUAACACCGUGCUUCCAGGAUUUACAGCAAAGCGAUUAUUAAAGAUGCUCACCGUCAGUCUCCACAGACUUCCUGUACUCUAACACAGAUGAGGGCGUAUAUUGAAUCCCAUUCUAAUAGAGGCCUUUUGGGGUAAGGUCUGUAGGCUGUGUCUGGUUAUUAAUGAUGUAUGCAAUGGUCCUGAAGCCCAACUCUUAGAAAGUUGAAUGCCAGAGACUAGCUCUGGGAAGAAGUGUGUUAAACAAUGACCACUUUCCUAUCUUGUCUCCCACUCUGGCAUUCAUCAGCCAUAGUAAUAGGGCUAUGAUAGAGACCACAGUGUUCUGUCAUAAGUACCUCUCAUAUUGCAGGCAUAAAGCAACUGAGUCAUGAUUGAAUAAUUAUCAGACAGUAAGAAUACUUUUCAGGAGAGGAUGUUUCCUGACUUUUUCUAAAUAGCAAGUACCUUCCCAACCUCAGAGAAGAGGUAUUUUUGUACUUUACAUUGUAAAGUGUAAAAAUAUCUGAGGACAUUAAGAAGAAAUCAGAGGCUGGGCGUGGUGGCUCAUGCCUGUAAUCACAGCACUUUGGGAGGCCGAAGCGGGAGGAUCACCCAAGGUCAGAAGUUUGAGACCAGCCUGAACAACAUGGCGAAACCCCGUCUCUACUAAAAAUACAAAAAUUAGCCAGGCAUGAUGGUGCAUACCUGUAGUCCCAGCUACUCGGGAGGCCAAGGCAGGAGAAUCGCUUGAACCUGGAAGGCAGAGGUUGCAAUGAGCAGAGAUCACGCCACUGCACUUCAUCCUGGGCAACAGAGUGAGACUCUGUCUACAU